AACUUAACACCCUCCGCUCUUUCUUUCCUGGUGUCCAGCCGCGGUCCCUCCUUUGCUGCUCGGUUACUGUCGCCACUGGGAGGUGUACCAAGUGAGGUAGGGCUUAGGUGAGUGCUUGAAGAUUCAAGUAAGUGAGUCUUGGCUCAGGUGUGUAUUGGAAGGCGCAGGAUUCAGACAGAAACCCUGAAGAUGGCAUCCUUGGCAGAUUUGAGGGUUCUAGCUGCUUCGAUCGAGCUCACAGGGACAACAGUUUCUGUUGGACUGUUUGUGCUUUUUCUUGGCCUUUUGUACUGGUACUCAGUGUCACCAUUCUCAGAGCUGGAAAGGAUUGGAAUCAAACACCCAAAGCCAUCUCCUUUCGUAGGCAACAUGUUUUUCUUCCAAAAGGGUUUUUUUGAGGGCCACCAGGAGUUGGUCCAGAAGUACGGCCGAGUUUGUGGUUACUACUUUGGCCGGCAAGCAUCCAUUGUAAUCGCAGAGCCUGAAAUGCUGAAGCAGAUUCUGGUGAAGGAUUUCAGCAACUUUGUCAACAGAAUGAAAGUUACUGUUUCCAGAAAGCCACUAAGUGACAGCCUUUUGUUCCUACAAGAUGGAGAUUGGAAGAAUGUCCGCAGUGUCUUGACACCAACUUUCAGUAGCGCAAGGAUGAGAGAGAUAUGUCCAUUAAUUAACCAGGCUGCUGAUAUGCUGAUGGAAAAUCUGAAGACUCAUGCAGACUCUGGCAAGGGUUUUGACAUCCACCGGUGUUACGGCUGCUUUUCAAUGGACGUUAUUGCCAGUGUUGCAUUUGGUACACAAGUGGACUCCCAGAAGAAUAUAGAAGAUCCAUUUGUCAAGCAUGCAAAUUUAAUUUUUAACGAAAAUUUCUUCAAACCCCUUAUUUUCCUCAGCAUAAUAUUUCCCUCCAUCAUGAUGCCUAUUCAGCACUUUUUUCCACGUACAUCCAUGAACAAGAUGAAUGCCUUCUUCACCAGUGUGGUUAAAGAUAUUAUAGCACAGAGGGAUCAACAGCCUUCAGAUCAGAGACGCAAAGAUUUCCUGCAGCUCAUGCUAGAUGCCCGCAUAUCCACCGAUUACACCGCGGUGGAGAAGUUCGACAUGGCCAAUUCCAAUAAUCAGAUUGAGGAGUCAUCCGAGACGCAGAAUGCAAAGCACACGGCCACGACAAACCUACCCAAAAUCCAGAAGAGGAUCCUUACUCUGGAUAAAAUUUUGGGACAGGCGUUCAUUUUCUUUGCGGCAGGAUAUGAAACCACCGGAAGUACUCUAGCCUUUACUUCUUACUUGCUUGCCACCCAUCCUGAGAGCCAGGAGUUGCUGCUGAAGGAAGUGGAUAAAUUCUUUGAGUCUCACACCACCCCUGAUUAUAACAACGUGCAGAGCUUACCAUAUUUGGACAUGGUGAUCUCAGAGUCUCUACGCAUGUACCCGCCUGGAGUCAGGUUUCAGCGUAUUUGUGAAAAGGACUGUUUUGUGAAAGGGCACUUAAUUCCAGCAGGGAUGACUAUCGAAGUUCCUGUCGGUGUCCUUCACUAUGAUCCCAAAUACUGGCCAGAACCGGAGAAAUUUAAACCAGAGAGAUUCAGUCCAGAGAUGAAAACAGAGCGCCAUCCUUUUGUGUACCUGCCCUUUGGUGCUGGACCCAGAAACUGUAUCGGAAUGAGACUGGCGCUGUUGGAAGCCAAGAUUGCGCUAGUGCGGGUUCUGUCAAAGUACAGUUUCCAGACCUGCCCCGAAACACAGGUUCCAGUGCAGAUAAGAUCGUUGGCCGUUCUUGGACCGAAAGAGGGAAUGGUCCUCAAAAUUGUACCCAGAAGUGGUUAAACUCAUGGACGUGGCCAAUUGUUUCAGCUGCCUUACUUAAUCAAUGAAUCUGACUGAUGAUCAAGACUUUCUUGACUAGUAACCAAGGCUCUGGACUCGAGAUGGAAGUUCUCCUAUUAUGAAGUAAUUUGUUUAGUCCUCAAUUAGCAUGGUUUGAAUUAAUUUAGGUUAGAUACAGAAAAUAAUGCAUUGUGAUUGAGGAUUAAUACAGAAAAUAACAAGCACCAGCAGACUGGAGGAAAUGUUAUAACAUACAAAAUAUUAUAAUGGAUGUUCAAUGUGAUUAUGCAAUAUUAAAAUAAAUCACCCUACCUUAAGACACUUAA